AAAGGCAUCGGUAUCGAUAUCUAAUGCCAUAUUGCUAUUUGUCACUUUCGUUUUGUAUUUCCCACACAGAAGUUCACAAAAUUUAUGCUCUAGCAGCACAUGUGUGUUGUUGCUUGGCAUCAAAAUUUGUCGAGUGUCCGCAACGCUGUGCGCUGCCGAGAAAGGAAAGGAACGGAACGGAACGGUAGAAAGAUCUGGAAGCACCAAUCAGGACAGGAUCCGGCAGGUCGAAGUUUGCACACAGCCAACCAAACAUGCCCAAUGACACUGUGGUGAAGGUGCAGGAGUACAAGGACUCGCUGAUCCUCAAGGCGGAGCUGCUGAUCACCAAGCGCUUCCCCGAGAAGAUCGUCCAGCUGAACGAGCUCCUGGCCACGCCGAUGUUCAACGAGCGUAACUUCGAAGAGGUGCACCAGGACCUGAACAUCCCGGCCCUGCCGCCUGUGCUCGUUAAGAACCACGAGGACAACCAGUCGGAGGACGGCGAUCAUCCGCCAACCAAGCGUCAGCGCAAGGACAUCAUCGUCUCCGGACAACCGGUCUUGGCGCUGCCCGCGGGAACGGUGCCGUGCAACAAGCCGCUCUGCGAGAUGAUCAAGGUGGUCAAGCCCAUCAUCAGGAAGCUGGUGGAGGAUUCCAAUCUGCUCAAGAUGUGGAUCUCCUUUAUGAUCCCCAAGAUCGAGGAUGGCAACAACUUUGGCGUCUCCAUCCAAGAGGACACGCUGGCCGAGAUUCAGACGGUGGAGUCAGAGGCCGCCGCUUUCUUCGACCAGAUUUCGCGCUACUUCCUGUCGCGCGCCAAGGUGGUGUCCAAGGUAGCCAAGUAUCCUCACAUCGAUGACUAUCGGCGCGCCGUCGUCGAGUUGGACGAGAAGGAGUACCUCAGCCUGUGGCUGGUCGUCUGCGAGGUGCGAAAUCGCUACUCCUCGCUGCACGACAUAGUGAUUAAGAACCUGGAGAAGCUGAAGAAGCCGCGCUCCUCCAACACCGAAAGCCUCUAUUAGGUAUUUGCCUAAGCCCAAGUCUCUACUUUUUUUUUUUCAUCAUCCUACUAACUUGUUCAACAAUCAAAUAAACAAACAGCCAGUAGAGCGGACAGUCGGCGGUACUGGCGGCUACUCGAAAAGCUCAGCCUUUAAGUUUCGGUUUUAACAUUAAAGACAUCCAACUCGGCUGUCAGUCAAGUCAAAAGCAGAGAGAACCAUUAAGCAAUAGCUGUAGCCUAACAAUCGACUAUUGAUCCAUUUGUACUACGUCUAGAAUGUAAUGUCGAGUUUAGCGUAGAAUACAAGAAACCGAUGCUGUAUAGAUUCCACUAAUAGCUAUAGCUAUGCAUAUGAAUAAAUAAAUCGAACGUUGCCUCUUCGAUGUCGGCCGAGGGCAAGAAAAACCAGAA